UUGUAAACAGUCUUUAGGUACGUCAGACUUAAAAUAUUUGAGCGGUAAUGUGACCAAAAAUAUUUAAGACCCAUCGAAUCCGAAUUUAAGACAUUUUAAGACUUUUUAAGGCCUUAUAUUAGGACAACGUUAUUUAAGACAUUUUAAGACUUUUUAAGGACGCGCGGACACCCUGCUGGCCUGGCCUGGCCUUCCUACUCAAAUGAUUAGUCGCCUUCAAUCAGACCCAAAUUAGUUUGAAGGGAACAAGCAUGAAUCCGGCAAGGUAACCAGAGCUCAGUGUUUAAAGAUGUAUGAAGAGCCUUGAGGAGAAAGUAGAGUCUCUGUUAACCCAUCUCACUAACAGUGAAACUUUCAUACAGUGACCUGUCUUCAUGAGUGUUUGAUGUUCAUGCGGGUUUUGAAUGUGCGCGUGUGGAUCAGCCAGACGGGGCAGGUGGGGGGUUUUCCAACUGCUGAAUGAACGCGGUCAGUAUUGGGGAGUACCAUGGGCUGCGGGUGGGCUCGGCCCUGCUCAGCAUUGUAGCAGGUUGUAUCAUCAUUGGUGUGUCAAAGGACUGUGAUGCAGAUGCAGUGGGGGGCAUCUUCCUUGGGGCAGGGGGGCUUGGUCUCCUCAUUGCAGUCUACCCGUUCAUAAGAGUGUGGUUCAACAUCCAUCACAUACUGCCCAACAUAGGCAACUUCAGAGUGCACCCGAUGGCUACAAAUUCAAAUCCAGCCCCUGAACAACCUGCAGUUACACUCACGCGAGAGGGGACUCAAAGCCAGCUUAAUGUAGAGCGUUCGAAGAGCCGGAUGGGGACAUUUGUGGAGACAGCAUCUCCUACAGUAGCCGAGGGCUCACAGGAUGAUGGCCCUUCUGCAGAUGUUCCAGAUAUUUUGGGAAGGCGAAAGUUUAAGUCACCGUCUUCUGAUCAAGACCCUUUAUAACGGCUGGAUCCAAUGGAGUCUUAUUAAAGAGCAAAAAGUAUUAAUUUCACAAUAAGCAAGGCUGAUCUCUACUAACCGCUCAUUAUGGUAUUCUAUCUGAUUUCACUCAUUCAGACAAGGUGUCUUCACUAAUAUUUAAAUAAUGUUUGAUGAAAACAAAGAGCAAGCUGAACAUCACACUGAACGACAAUGAAGUCAAGAACAGCCAUGUGCUUAAAAGGAAUGUUAACCCAAGAAAUUAAAAUUGUAUCGUCAUGUACUCACUCUCAUGUCAUUCCAAACUUGUAUUCCUUUCUUCAUUCUGUGGAAAAUAAAAGAAGAUUGAAAGAAUGUUUGAGCUGUUUCUGUCCAAACCAUGAAAGUCAAUGAAUUCCAA